UUCCGGCACGUCGCCCGCGCCAGGGGAGGGGGCGGGGGUUUUCACUUCCGGGACGGUGUUCCGGCCCAUUCCUGCCCAUUUCCACCCCCGGAGGUAGGUGCUGCUCCUUGACUGGGCCGGGGCCCGCACGCCCGUCCCGCUGCCCUGCCCUGGGGCCGCCCCGCCCGAUCUCUCCCGCCUGCCUGCUCCUGGGGCGCUCAGCCACUUCCCUCCACUCCCACCCUAAGGCACCCGAGACCUGCCACCCCCUUGGCCCCGGGCCGGGCUGGGCUGCCGGACCCGCCCCCUCGCCGAGUCCCUCCCUCAGGACCCCGGGAUGGGCGGCCCCCUCCCCCACCCCCACCCGCCACACCCAGACACACACACCCACCGCUGAGCAGCUCCCCGCCCGCCCACACCUACCGCCUGGACCGGGUCCCGGGGCGCCGCCCCCUUCCCGCUCUGUACCCCGCACCUGAUGGCCCGCUCCCAGGCCGCGCGCCCGGCUCCCCCCGCUGCCCCUGCUCCUCGGUGACAUUGCGCGGCUCAGUCAGUGCCCCGCUCCCCGCGCUUCCUCACCCCGACGGAAGCCACUCAAGGACCGGAGUGGCCCACCGGACGGCGUUCCCGAUUCUCCUCUUACAGCUCCCACUCCUCCAGCGCCGGCGGUAGUGCAAGACCUUGCUGCAGGGGCCUCCUCCACUGGGGCAUUGCCGGGAAGAGCAAACAAAAAGGCGCUGGUGUAGGCUCCAAAACACACACGUCUGAAUUCAGGAUGGCAUCGACAGAGGCUCUUAUUGGAUUAAAAGUUGUCAAACAAACAAAAACGCUUUGGAAAAAGGGUUGAAUGCCUGCCUACACCCUCAGGCCCCACCAUGGAGAAGGGUGGUAACAUACAACUGGAGAUCCCUGACUUCAGCAACUCCGUCCUGAGCCACCUAAACCAGCUGCGCAUGCAGGGCCGGCUCUGCGAUAUCGUGGUCAACGUGCAAGGACAAGCUUUUCGGGCUCACAAAGUGGUACUGGCCGCCAGCUCUCCCUAUUUCCGGGAUCACAUGUCCUUGAACGAGAUGAGUACUGUCUCCAUUUCGGUCAUCAAGAACCCCACUGUUUUUGAACAGCUCCUUUCUUUCUGUUACACAGGGCGGAUAUGCCUGCAGCUGGCAGAUAUCAUCAGCUACCUGACAGCUGCCAGUUUUCUGCAAAUGCAGCAUAUUAUAGACAAAUGCACACAGAUCCUAGAGGGCAUUCAUUUCAAAAUUAAUGUGGCUGAGGUCGAAGCAGAAUUAAGUCAAACGAGGACAAAGCAUCCAGAGAGACCUCCGGAGUCUCACAGGGUUACACCAACUCUAAACCGCUCCCUUAGCCCACGGCAAAAUGCCCCAAAGGGAAGUCGGAGAGGUCAGGUUAGUGCUGUGCUGGACAUCAGGGAGCUCAGUCCUCCCGAGGAGUCCACCAGCCCUCAGAUCAUUGAACAGAGUUCUGAUGUAGAGAGCCGGGAGCCUAUUCUUCGGAUCAACCGAGCAGGACAGUGGUACGUAGAGACAGGAGUAGCAGACCGAGGGGCACGGAGUGAUGAUGACGUGAGGGUUCUUGGGGCAGUACACAUCAAAACGGAAAAUCUAGAGGAGUGGCUGGGGCCUGAGAAUCAGCCCUCUGGAGAAGAUGGGAGCAGUGCUGAGGAAGUCACAGCCAUGGUGAUUGACACCACGGGCCAUGGUCCCAUGGCACAGGAAAAUUACACUUUAGGAUCUUCAGGAGCCAAGGUGACUCGGCCAACAAGCAGUGAGAUUGACAGAUUUAGCCCCUCCGGCAGUGUUGUCCCCUUGACGGAGAGACACAGAGCCCGAAGUGAGUCUCCUGGGAGAAUGGAUGAGCCUAAGCAGCCCAGCUCCCAGGUAGAAGAAUCAGCAAUGAUGGGAGUAAGUGGCUAUGUGGAGUAUCUUCGAGAGCAAGAAGUAUCUGAGCGGUGGUUCCGGUACAACCCCCGUCUCACCUGCAUCUACUGUGCCAAAUCUUUCAACCAGAAGGGGAGCCUGGACCGGCACAUGCGCCUGCACAUGGGGAUCACACCGUUCGUCUGUCGUAUGUGUGGCAAGAAGUACACCCGCAAAGAUCAGCUGGAGUAUCACAUCCGCAAGCACACAGGCAACAAACCCUUUCACUGCCAUGUUUGUGGCAAAAGUUUCCCCUUCCAGGCCAUCUUGAAUCAGCAUUUUCGCAAAAACCACCCUGGCUGUAUCCCCCUGGAGGGGCCUCAUAGCAUCUCCCCUGAAACAACUGUCACAUCUCGAGGACAAGUCGAGGAAGAGUCACCUUCACAAGAAGAUACAGUUGCUCCUGGGGAAAUUGCCCAGGGCUCUGUGUCCACCACUGGGCCAGAUUGAAACAUCGAGGGGGAGGGGGCAGACCCUCUUCCCCAUUGGACCGUAAGCAGCCAGCAUCAGGGCCAUGGGCUGGUACUUCGAUUCACAAAAUGCCACAUCACUAGAUCGGAAGAUGCUCCCAAGAUGUUGCCAAACUAGAGGAUCAGCAACAUACACAGAAGCACUAGAGGCUUUUCCCCCUCUCCUUCCCACCUCACACUUUGGAAAUUAUCAAGCAAAUCAACUUUCUAAUUCAGGGAUCAACAGCCUUGGUUUGUUAACUUUAUAAGAAAAAAAUUUUUUUAACAAAACAGUGAUAGAUGCUCAUUUAUCUACCAGUCACAUUUGAACAUUGUCCUUUGGUCCAUGUUAUCCUGGUGGCUGUCACUCACCCAGAUCUAAGAAACCCAGCAGGAGCCUUGGUCGUCGGAACCAGCCAACCAUAUGAGGAAUUUCCUUUCUUCCUUUCUGCCAGAAUGUGCAGCUUCAAAUUUCAAGGGAAAAAAAAGAAUCCUGGUGCUUCUUAUUGUUUUGAAAGGUUAGACUUAUCUUUGCCCUGACUAGGCAUCUGCUGCGUGGUCAUGUUUCCGGUAACAGCCAUGGUGGAGGCAGUAUCCGCUGAAGCACUUUAGGCAGCUGAAAGUGAAAUGACAGCAGUGUUUGCAAUAGGUACCACUAAGCUUGGGGGCUGGAGUGCUGGGUUGAGGUGAGGGGAGCAGAGAGAAGUUUGGGGUUUACAAACGUGGAACAGUACAGAGCCUACUGCAACUUACUGCUUGGUAUUUGUAAACCACCGUGCUUGUAUAUCUUUGGAUAUUAGGAAAUGGCUCUAGUCCGGAUGAAUUAACGUGUUAGGCUGACUACCAAAGUUUCCUCCACUUUCUUUGGCUCCUAGUUUCACAUAACAGCAAUAGUAUACAUCAGAAAUGUCCCUUUCCAGUGAAAUGAGCCUGGAUUGUAUUUUUAAAUCCACAGGUCUCCCUAUUUGAUAACUUUUAUAUGAAGUUUUAAACACAUUUUUUCUGCAGCAUUCUAAUUGAAGAAAUUCAACACAAUGGUUCUUAUUGCAGCCACAAUUCCAUUUCCUCUUAUAUAAGUAAUAGUUUAUAUUUUCAGUCCAAUAGAAGAACCUCACUAAAUCCAUGUCUCAUGUCUGCAAACCUAGUAAUUCAUAAGCCAACCAUCAGCAAAUUGCUGGUGACUCCAAGAGCUUUGCUUUUUAAUAUAGUACAGGGCAUUUACCAGAAAACAUCAGGCACAAUCAUGUUGCAAUAAAUUGAUCAAGGCAUCAGUUUUGAUCAGGUUUGAUUACUUGAUCAUUCCUAAGAUUUUUUAAAACUUCAGGAGACCUUUUUGGUAAUUCUGAGAUUCUUACUCCAGCACUGAGAGUCAAGAGGAAUUUACCAAGUGUGUAGAGCUUUAGAUGCCCGAUUUUGUAUGCAGAGAAUGAGGGUGGAUUUUUAAGGGAUGCAGGCAAGUAGAUGCUUACAAGUUACAGUGCAAAUAGAAAGGAGAAAAAUCUCUAGCUUCUCUUAAUGAUCAUUAAAAUGUUAAGAUUAGUAUUUCAAUGCAUAGUGGUUUAAGAAAUUGUCUUGGUGCAGAGGCAUAGAUAAUUGUUAAAGGGAUUUGGAAGAGGGCCUGGUCAUGCCUGCACUGGUGAGCCAUUUGUGAGUGUUAGUAGUGCGCUCCCUUCCUGAGAAUGCUUUGUGAUAUGUGGAAAGGGGGACAGGAAAGGUGGCAUUUCUUUGAUGAUAGGAUGUUAAAUGCAAAGGGUAAUUCUUAAGCAAUCUAAGAAUUGUACAUACACAUACAGCUGCACUGUAUCACUAGAGAAUGGUUAUUUUUUCUCUUUAGAAAAACAGAAAUGUGUCUUUUAAUAGGAAUGUAAUAAUGCUAUCAUAUGUUAAGAGCCUACCCUUAAACGUUGUUUUGGAGUGUAUUUUAUCUUUAUAAGACAUUGACCAGGACACCAUGAUAGGGUAAAAACUCUUGCCUAGGUUCAUCUUAAGGACCGACUAGGCUCUGUGACCUACAAAAAGUAGAGUUGAAAUGAGACUAAAAUCUAUUGGGAAACAUUUCAACUGGUAAUCAAGGCUUUCAAUGGACAGAUCUUGCCACAACUAAAUAGGUGAAAAGUACAGAAUAUGCUGCUUUAGCUGGAGCUUUUAAGCCUACCAAAAAAAUAUUAAGUCAAUCCUAUGUUUGAGAAGUAGUAUGCUGGAAAGUUAUUGCUUUGCUAGUUUUCUUAGAUUUUAUGUGAGAAAAUAGAGCUUUUUAAACUAUUACCAAAUUGUAAAGGUGAAGUGCAGUAAUAUCUGUAAAGAGAAACUUUGCGGCAUUUGUCAGUACUCUAUCCGGGGUUGGCAGCAAACACUUUGAAUGCAGUAGAGACUGUCCAAUAGACAUGGAAAUACUAUGAGUGCUUGGUGGGUUCCUCACCUUUUCACUCAUUUCUAAUAGCUUUUGCUGUGUUAAUACUGUGAAUAGUGCCUCCAGGUCGUCUAGGACCUCGUCAGCACAAUUGUCUUUGCUGGUUCUCUCCUUUUCACUGGUCUAGACUAGAGCCAAGGGGUUCGUGAAAUUCAAGUUUCCGAAAGCAAUUUUCCCAUUUUAACUAGGAGAGAUAUUGUUAUUCUGAAUACUUAUCCAUAUUCUUCUCCAGGUUCACUGUGACAUUGCCCUAGUUCUUAGCUAACAUCAUGGGGGAGCAUAUGAGUUAGUAGUGUUCUGUCUACAUCAAUGAAUCGCUAUAUUGUUGUGUGCACAGAGGAUACCUCUCUUAACAGUGUACUAAAUGACUUUAGCUAAUGCUGAAAAUUAUUACCAAAUCUUCACCUUGUGAAGGGAACUGCAUUGGCAAUGAGAGCUGAAUCAUCAAGUACUUCAAUGCCGAGAAAUAGCAAACACUGGGCCUGUUUUUAUUCAUUGAAUGGCUCUUCAUAGCAAAAGAGCUACCCAAUAUUCUCAGCAAACUAAGAGGUAUAGCAAUAGAUUCAUCUUCUUUCAUUCUAAGGGGUACCUUUUAUUCUCUCUGAACUCUGAUACCAGUAUAAAAUGCAGCUUUGGCAUGUGCAGUAACACUGUACUGAGGCAGAAAGGCU